AUGUGUAGGUCGCUUUGAUGCCGCGGUGAUUCUUGUGUUUUAAUAGAAGUCAAAGAAAGUGACCGCCAUCAAGAAGGCCACAACACCAGAAGUCACUGUCCCGAGGCAUUAAGAGGAAAGAUUUAAAAUGUUCUUCUCGUUUUUCGUCACAUUUGUUGCUGUUGUUGGACACUUUACUAUCGGCACAGAGGGGGUUCCAGGCGUCAUCAAGAGAGCUAUUUGCGCCGAGGCAAGUUACACACUGCGCUGUACAGAAACACCAAGCCAAGUCAUAGCCAUUAUAGAGGCCUCGUAUGGUUUCCGUGACAACGAGGCGUGUAGAAACUGUAUGACCCGGGCUCAGCCCAAUGUUGUCAAGGCACAAUGCCAGAGGGGGUGCCAGGGCGCCACGCCCGAAGAGGCCUUCGCUAAGCUAGACUCGCUGUGCACGGGGCGCCAAAGCUGCAUCAUAGAACCGUCGUCUGCGCGACUCUUCCAACAGAAUUACAACUGCAAGAUGGCUGCUUUCAUUGACAGCCUUUUGGAAUUUUCAUACAGGUGUAUUAAUAUAAAAUCGGAGUCGCUCUGGAGAGCGAUACAAUCCGGUAACAUCAGUACGAAUACUGCCGGGGAACCCAAGGUGCCAUAUUACCCCUCACAUUCCCUGUCACGUGACAUGCAGCGCGUGUCGUCUGCAGGAACAUUUUUCACCAAGCAAGACGCUCUCUUGGGAUUAGUUGCAUUGCUGGUACUGAUUGUAAUAGUUACUCUAAUUGUCGUGAUCAUUAAAAGAAAAAGACACAACGAAAAGAAGAAAGCGCUUGAAAUGGUGGCUGAAAACUUGAAAAAAGGCCAAGAAGAAUCCUAUCCUUUACAGCGAAGUCUUCCAGAAAAUGGAAAACAUCACAUUGUUUGA